AACAGAUUCACCAAGGGAUUCUGUUCAAUUUAUUGAAUGGUCUCCUAGAUCUUGUCCUCGUGCCUUACUGAUAGCUAACUUUCAUGGGAGGGCCCUGCUAAUCUUGUGCGGGAUGCAAGCUGUUGGCAAUGUGAACAUGAGUGGCGACAGGAUCUUGCAGUUGUGACCAAGUGGCUGUCAGGGAUGACCCCGUACCGAUCGCUUCCUUCAAAUUCAAGCACCUCUUCAAAUCUGAAGUUUGACGAAAAGUUUCUUCCACAGCAGUCACAAAUUGCAGCAAAAUGGCCACAGUUUCUAUGUGUCUGUUCAGUUUUCUCAUCGGGGUCAGUCCAGCUUCACUGGGCACAAUGGCCUCCUCAAAGUGGUGUCCCUCGAAAAUGGUUUUCAACAAGCAAAGUCCUGCUAGGAGCUGGCCCAAGCGGCAUAAUGGCUGCUGAUGCUAUCAUCACUGAAGCAGGGACCAUGCAUGUUGCUGGUGUUCCUCUAGUAAAUCCAUCUACUGUUGUUGUCUGGGAGGUUACACCAGGACCAGGAAAUGGUUUCCAGCCAACUGCCAAGAUCAGCACUGUUAGUGCUCUCCCUCCAUCAUUGAAUCCUCCUUCCUGGGCAGGUUUCGCUCCUCUAGCCGCAUAUUUAUUUAAUUUACAAGAGUACAUAGUAUCAGAAGAGAAGCAAGGAAAGAGGCUGACGGAGCAGGAGAUUAGUGAUGCUGCAUCACUGCAUUGUUCACCUGUUUCAAACUUUUCAGCAUAUGUGAGUCCUGAGGCUGCUGCCCAAUCUGCUGCUACCACUACUUGGGGUUCUGGGGUUACUGCAGUUGCUUUUGAUCCCACACGGGGUGGCUCAGUUAUUUCUGUUGUAAUAGUUGAAGGGCAGUAUAUGUCUCCAUACGAUCCUGACGAGGGACCUUCAAUAACAGGAUGGAGGGUCCAAUGCUGGGAAUCUUCACUUAAGCCUGUAGUUCUUCAUCCCAUAUUUGGAAAUCCUGCUUCCAGUUUUGGUGGGCAGCCACCCAUGCAAACAGUUUGGACUACAAGAGUAAACAAAAGUAUUCCACCAACUGAUGAUCUGAGAAAUCCACAAUCAGCUGCAACAGCGUCAACGCUAUCUGAUGAUAGAAAUUCAUCAGACUGCAGCGUUGACCGAGCGAACAGGCUCAGUUUUGAUCCUUAUGAUCUGCCAAGUGAUGUUAGACAGCUAGCUCAGAUUGUCUAUUCCGCUCAUGGUGGUGAGGUUGCAGUUGCUUUUCUUCGUGGUGGAGUCCACAUCUUUUCUGGUGUAAAUUUCAAUCCAGUUGAUAGCUAUCAUAUCAAUGUUGGUUCAACCAUUGCUGCACCUGCCUUCUCAUCUACUGGUUGCUGCCUGGCCUCUGUUUGGCAUGAUAGCAGCAAGGAUCGCACCACCCUGAAGAUAAUACGGGUUCUCCCUCCUGCUAUUUCUUCAACUCAAGUGAAACUCAGCUCAGCAACAUGGGAACGUGCAAUUGCUGACAGGUUUUGGUGGAGUCUUGUGGCUGGAGUUGAUUGGUGGGAUGCAGUUGGAUGUACGCAAAGCGCUGCUGAGGAUGGAAUUGUGUCAUUGUAUAGUGUGAUUGCGGUGCUGGAUGCAGACUUCCAUUCCUUGCCAUCUAUUCAAUACAGGCAACAGUAUGGACCCAGCCUUGACAGGGUAAAGUGCAGGCUUUUGGAAGGCACAAAUGCUCAAGAUGUUAGGGCACUUGUUCUGGAUAUGCAAGCGAGAUUGCUGCUGGAUAUGUUGGGUAAAGGAAUUGAGUCUGCCCUUGUAAAUCCUGCAUCAUUGUUACCUGAGCCUUGGCAGGCUUCUGCUGAGACAUUAGCUGGCAUUGAGGCUGACAAAAUGAUAGUUGACCAAGCUUUGGUUCCAAGUAUCCAGGCUUAUGUUGAUGCCGUCCUUGACCUCGCCUCGCACUUUAUUACUCGCUUACGGCGUUAUGCCAGUUUCUGUCGUACCUUGGCAAGUCAUGCUGUUGGAGCAUCUUCCGGCACAAACAGUGCUCGCAAUAUAGUGGCAAGUCCAACUCACAGUUCUGCAUCUCCAGCAACAAGUCAAGCCAAUCAAAGUGGAGUAACAAGUACUACUGGAAGCUCGCAGAUGCAAGCAUGGGUACAAGGUGCCAUUGCUAAGAUUAGCAAUAAUGCUGAGGGAAAUUCCUCUGCGACUCCGAACCCCAUCAGUGGAUCAUCUCCUUUUAUGCCAAUAAGUAUAAAUACAGGCACUUUUCCUGGAACACCUGCUGUCAGACUUAUUGGGGACUGCCAUUUCCUGCACAGAUUAUGUCAACUGUUGCUCUUUUGUCUACUUUUCCGACGAAGACAAUCACCCCGCUUUCUUGGAGCUACGCAGAAAAAUCAAGAUCCAAAUUUGCAAAAAACCCAGCCUAUGAGUAAUGGUAAAGUCGAGGAUAGCAGUACAACAGCAAGACCCACUUUAGGGGCUGCCAAAUUAGAAGAAGGCCAGGCAGUCCGGGCUGGACAAGUAAUUCUUGGUGCGAAAGGCCUGGAAGAAGGUCCACCAGGCAAGUCAGUAAGAUUAGGUUCUGGUAAUGCAGGUCAAGGCUAUACAUCAGAGGAGGUGAAGGUCCUAUUCCUCAUAUUGGUAGAUCUCUGUAGGAGAACAGCUGGUUUGCAACACCCAUUGCCUGCAUCUCAGGUAGGGGCAGCACAGAUUAUAAUACGUCUGCAUUAUAUUGAUGGAAAUUACACAGUGCUGCCUGAGGUUGUAGAGGCAUCACUUGGCCCCCACAUGCAGAACAUGCCUAGACCUCGUGGUGCUGAUGCUGCUGGGCUGUUACUUCGUGAGUUGGAAUUGCACCCUCCCGCUGAAGAGUGGCACAGACGUAAUAUGUUUGGGGGCCCCUGGUCAGAUCCUGACGAUCUUGGUCCAUUGGACAACCCAGCAAAAUCAAAGCUGAGCAGUGCUUCUGACCGUUCUAUAUCCAACUUGGUAGACGGUUAUGAUGAUUAUUCUAGGACCCUCUGGCCAAGAAAACGUCGGUUAUCAGAGAGAGAUGCAGCAUUUGGUUUGAAGACAUCAGUGGGACUGGGAUCAUAUUUGGGCAUCAUGGGAUCUCGCAGGGAUGUGGUCACAGCUGUAUGGAAAACAGGCCUUGAAGGUGUAUGGUAUAAGUGCAUAAGAUGUUUGAGGCAGACGUGUGCGUUUGCACAACCUGGUGCACCCAAUCCGGCCAAUGAAAAGGAAGCAUGGUGGAUUAGUCGAUGGGCUCAUGGCUGCCCAAUGUGUGGUGGAUCAUGGGUCCGAGUUGUUUAGCUCUUCGACCUUUUAGAGCUCUAUUUUAGAUAUUUCUGAUACAUACUUUUGCAAGUGCAGGAAAAUGAACAUUUUGUAAUAGUCGUCUUCUUCAUUCCCCCCUUAAUGAUUAGUUGUAUUUGAAUGAGUCGUUGUACAUAUAUGAUAUGCGGGGGGAUUUUGUUUUC